CGAAUUCCAGCCAUCCCGGUUUGCGACGAGGACUAAUUUCACCAUGAAAACUUUUCAACUCCACCUUUUCACCAUGGCCGUUUUGCGCUGUGUGAUGCGCGGGGAAAACCUCAACUUUUGACAUAAAACACCAGCGACAUAGGCAGUGAAGUUAUUCCAUCCUCUUUCGGUGCCAAUUAUACAACCUCUGUGUUGAGGGCUCCUCUGUCGCCAUUGACCCCUUUCACCGGCUUUAAUGUCAACUCCCUGGCUCCAAAGUGGAGGGAAUUACCCAACUUUUCGUCUACAAUCAAGACAAAGGAAGAGCAACACAGCUAAACGCAGAGCUUGACUCUCUUUUCAGCCUGAGCACUCUUUUCAGGGUCUGUCUGCUCUUGUUUUCUGGUGAAACACAGGGUCAGGACUGUGUGGAUAAAACCCUGAGGGUUUUGACAUUUCCGCCUUUCUGUUUUUUAUUUUGCUCCUCUUCUGGCCUCAGUGCCUUUUGGAGGGGGCCCAGAUGAUGGGGUGGUGUUGUUCAGGCGUGUGCAGAGCCGUGACUCUCCUGGCACUGCUGCUUCCCUUGUGGGAGAGGGGCUGCCGGGCGUUGAAUCCCAGCUCUGGGGACCUGGAGAAGUCCCCACACUCUGAUCCAGGCCCCUGGGAGGUCCUACACAGGCACAAACGCAGCUGGGUAUGGAACCAGUUCUUUGUACUGGAGGAGUACACAGGCAAUGAACCUCUCUAUGUUGGCAAGCUACACUCAGAUGUCGACAAAGGAGAUGGCAAGGUGAAGUACGUCUUAUCUGGAGAGGGCGCCACAUCCAUCUUCACCAUCGACGAGAACACAGGAGACAUCCACGCCACGAAGCGCCUCGACAGGGAGGCGCAGGCCUACUACACCCUCCAAGCUCAAGCUGUAGACCGGCUCACCAAUUUACCUGUAGAGCCCAAGUCUGAGUUUGUGGUCAAGGUCCAGGACAUCAACGAUAACGAGCCAAAAUUUCUGGAUGGACCAUACUUGGCGGGCGUACCAGAGAUGUCACCCCUAGGAACCAUGGUAGUGCAAGUGGCAGCCACAGAUGCAGAUGACCCCACAUACGGGAACAGCGCCAGGGUGGUCUACAGCAUCAUCCACGGCCAGCCCUACUUUUCAGUGGAGCCAAAGACAGGCAUCAUCAGAACAGCGCUGCCCAACAUGGACCGGGAGACCAGGGACCAGUAUGUUCUGGUCAUCCAGGCCAAAGACAUGGUCGGCCAGAUGGGAGGCCUCUCCGGCACGACCUCUGUCACUGUUACGCUCACCGACGUUAAUGACAACCCGCCGCGCUUCACUCACAAGAAUUAUCAGUACACAGUGCUGGAGUCGCUGCCGGUACAGUCUGUGGUGGCCAGAAUCAAAGCGGCUGACGCUGACAUAGGCUCCAACGCAGAGAUGGACUACAGGAUCAUGGAUGGUGAUGGGCCUGGCAUGUUCAAUAUCACAACAGAUGAAGACACACAAGAGGGUGUCAUCAUCCUUCUCAAGCCUUUAGACUUUGAAACAAAGGGCAGCUUCUCUCUGAGAAUUGAAGCCACCAACAGGAAUAUUGACUCCAACUUCUUGAGUGCGGGCCCAUUUAGCGAUACAGCGUCGGUCAAGGUGACAGUGGAGGAUGUGAAUGAGCCGCCGGUCUUUUCCACACCACUCAGCAAGAUGGUUGUGUCUGAGGACGCCAAAGUGGGCACCUCCAUUGGGAGAGUCUCUGCUCAUGAUCCAGACACUUCCAACAGCGCCAUCAGGUACUCCAUAGACAGAAACACAGACUUGGAGCGCUUUUUUAACGUGGACGCUCUAAGUGGGGUCAUCAGCACAGCCAAGCCUCUGGACAGAGAGGCCAACUCUGUCCAUAACCUCACUAUCUUUGCCAUCGAGAGCCAGGACCCAGCCCAAAUUGGAAAAGGCAUCACUCUCAUUACCGUGCUGGACAUAAAUGACAAUGCCCCGGUCUUUGCCAUAGACUAUGAAACGCUGCUUUGUGAAAACGCCAUGCCAGGACAGGUGAUCCAGACCAUCAGUGCCGUGGACAAGGACGAACCUCCGAGCGGUCAUCGCUUCUAUUUCGCCCUGGCUGCACCUGUCGCCGGCAACCUCAACUUCACUCUGCGAGAUAACAAGGACAACACGGCGUCCAUACUGACAAAGCGAGGUGGUUUCCGGAGACGGGAGCAGCCUGUGUACCGGCUGCCCGUGCUGAUAGUGGACAGCGGCAGCCCGGCUCUCAGCAGCACAAACACACUGUCAGUGCGCGUGUGUGACUGUGACUCUGAUGGUGUGGCCUUGUCUUGUGGAGCAGUCGCCUACACAGCAACCGGCCUGAGCACCGGCGCCCUCUUGGCUAUUCUGGGCUGCAUUCUCACACUUCUGGUGAUGGUUCUCCUAAUUGUGACAAUGCGUCGGAGGAAGAAGGAGCCUCUGAUCCUCGAGGAAGAGAGGGACAUCAGGGAGAACAUCGUCCGUUACGACGACGAGGGCGGGGGAGAGGAGGACACAGAGGCCUUCGACAUGGUCACACUCCGCAACCUGAACGUCAUCAGAGAUCCCAAGGUCCGGCGAGACGUGACCCCAGACACGCCCACGUUCUUUCAUUACCCGUCGGCCUCUCGCCCGGCCUAUAAAUCCCUGCCAGACAACGUGGUGUUCCGAGAGUUUAUUUGGGACAGACUAAAGGAUGCUGACGUGGACCCGUCAGCUCCCCCGUAUGACUCUCUGCAGACAUACGCUUUUGAAGGCAGUGGAUCAGUAGCAGAGUCACUAAGCUCACUGGAGUCACUAAGUACAGACUCAGAGCAGAACUAUGACUAUCUCAGCAACUGGGGACCACGCUUCAAAAAGCUGGCCGACCUGUAUGGCAACAGCGACGGCACCAGUGUCUUCUCAUAGCCCCUUAAUGUCUCUCUUAACAUUUCUUGGACUCAAAGCUAAAAAUUAACGAGAGUAAUUUACUGUUGAGAAAAUGAAUUUGUCUGCCGUAGUGCAGUGAAGGAAAGAUUCAGUGAAAACAAAAGUGAGAUUGGAAAAAAAAAAACAAACAAACAAAAAAAAAUAAAUAAAAACGCUUUGACUUCAAAGGUUUUGGUUUGUUUACCUCCCUUGUAUGGAUUUUCAAAAGCGUGACAUGGUGAGUUUUGACACCGACUUCAAAAGUGACUUGACUGUGGAGGAAACCUUGUGCGCAAAAAGACAUUAAAGGUUUCAGAUUUGGGCUCAGGUCCAGCCAUUGACUGCAGAUUGCAUACAUGUUGGAGUAUUUUUAUGGGGAGGCACCUGUCUUUUCAUUCCAGAGAUGGGCACAAGCCCAGCACUCUUGCUUUGAUGCAUUCCUUUGCUAUCUUUGUGCUAAAAAAAAACAUAAAAGUUUCUCCUGAAGUGCUCUGUCCCCGGCGGCUAAUCAGUAGUCACUUGACUAUUCAUUUGAAAUUUGACAACAGUUUCUAUGUUUUUUGGGGCAAGGGGAUGAGGUAGUUGGGAGGGGGGGUGUUUUUCAUAGACAUUUAUUAAAGAGCCACAUUAUUCAUGGACUCAGUCAUACCUCUCAACACUAUAAGAAAAGUCUCAAAGUACAGUAUAAACACGUACUUAGUUGAUGUGCUGAGGAAGUCAUGUGACGACAAGAUGUGCAAAACAGAGAAAAGAAUGACACUCUUGUUAGUUGGACAUGUCUGCUGGGUGAUACAGGAAAGCAUACAAUUUCUUCUAUUAUCCUAACAAUACAUUUUGCAGAUGUUGCAAUGUGGUGUUUGUCUGAGUCUGUUUUUCUUCAGCCUUUCUAUUGCCAAGUCCAAUGUAUGAUUUCUGAGGUGUAAAAUGUCAGGAUUCUGUCGCUCCGCUUCUGUACGAAGGCACCGGGAAACAUCGACUCCAUCGGAAAGCUUUGCUGAGGGAUCGGUCCUUGUGCAAGAUUCAUGCAACGUAGACUCUAGAAAAAAUAAUUUGUUCCUGAAGUGACAGUCAUUAGGGUGGAGUGGGUGAAGUUAUGUAAGUAAAUGAGUUUUGCUUCCGUAGUUUGCAGAGUCCAGCAUAUAUUGUCAUUCAGAAAUGUCGUUGGCAGAAUAAAAUCAAUGAUGCCCAUGUUAUGUUUAUUGAUGGCAAAGGGCACACUGUAUGAUAAUCAUAUUGUGCAGAUUUUCUUCUCUUUUUUCAGCUGAAACAAAUUAUGUUACAAUUGGGUGUCAACAUGUAAAUCAAAUAUGUAUUAUUUAUUUUGAAGAGGCAGAAUUGUGUGACUGAUGUUUUUAUCCCUUUUGCUGAAAA